AUGUGUCACAAAUUAACUGUCAAUGGCACAGAAAGAGAGCAUUAUUUUGCUUGUGUUCGGUGGUUCAAGAAGCAUCCCUGGAACCAAUGCUUGGGAAGUUUUAAUACCCUUUGUGUGUGGGACGCAAAUAACUUUGAACCUAGAGCAUCGAGCUACUUUUUGCCUGUUUAUAGGAUACACAGUCUUUUUACUGGAACUUAUUUAACUCUUGACAAUGUAAAACUCAUGGCAGUUUGCCCUAUUCCACGCCGUGCCACUAUUUUACUAGCCAGUUAUUAA